UCAAAUUUAAAGAAGAAAGCAUCAGAAAAAAACGUGCAGCGAUGAGAGUUGACAUAUUUAAACUGGUAAAAAACCGCUUUCUUGACGUGUUUCAUGUGUUUUAAGAGGUCACUCGGGUGACUGUGCGUAAAAUCGGAGCCUUUAAAAGGCCAAGUGAGGACCCGCCUCCUCCUGCCGCUGAAUCGGAUGAAACGAGAAGAGAGAUGAGACGUGAGUCCUGCUGCAGACACGGUAAAUCUAAGGUCUGAGCUUGACAAUGUGUUCAAUUCCUGGACUCCCAACACCCGGAUCAGAAGUACCUGUUCUCAUCACCAGGGUAAACCUAAACCCAAGUUAUGGUCUUGUGGAAUUGUGGGUAAACUUGGAUGAUGGCAGAAAGCAUGUUUAUGAGACAGUGAGAGAGGAAAUUCAGAUUAUUCAGAGAAAGUUUUAUGCAACAGAAGGAAAACCAGGCGACCUCUGUCUGGUUUGCAUCAGUGACACCUGGCACAGGGCUCGGAUUGUGUCAAUUGAAACUGAAACGUUCAAUGUUUUUCUAAUCGACCAGGGAAAACCCCACAUCACCACGCGUGAAGCUUUAGCGUGGGGCCAUUGUGACAGUUUUGUCCUUCCUCCUGAAAUUGAAUCGUGCAUACUCGCAAAUGUCCUCUCUCUUGAGAAUAACCAGCCUGAAAAAGCCAACAAGUUUUUGACAUCUCUGCCUGGGAAGAAGUUUAAGGGACUGGUUCAACAUGUACUGAUGCCAGACAGAAUGAUUCUCCUCGACAUACCAAUUGUGUCCAAGCAUAUGUGCAGGUUAGGAUCUGCCCAGAAGAUCCCAGUGGAUGAGUUUAAAAGCCUUGUACUGAAGUGUCUACAUUUGCCCAAAGAGGAAUCUUCUGAGGACUUCCAUAAAUCACCAGGACAGAAUCUGAAUGUUGGUUCCCAACUUACCAAACAAUACUUUUACCCAGAGCUGUUAACGGAUGCUUUGGAAAUUGUUACUGUUACCGAAGUGACCGAUCCACUCAAUAUUUUUUGCAAGCUUCAAAUUUUUUUGAAAGCGGUGGAGACAUUGUCUGAGCAGAUCCACCAAUAUUAUGAAAAGUGUUCCAAUUCUGAGGAGGCACAACCACAGACCUGUGGGGAGCCAUGUGCUGCUAAAGGAACAAAUGGAAGAUGGCAUCGCUCAAUUCUAAAGCAAAACAUGGUGACUAGCGACGGCACUGUAGAAGUUCUACAUGUGGAUGAAGGAAAAACUGAAUUAAUUCCUGUUGGAGACAUCAAGCCACUGCUUGUGAAAUUCCUGAGAAUGCCAGUAGUCACAUAUCUCUGUUCGCUUAAUGAGAUAAAAGACAAUGGCAAAGAGUGGACUGUGGAUGAAAUUGAUUUCUUGAAAUCGCUGCUCUUGAACCAAACAGUCACGGCGAGGUUUGACCACCAAACAGAAACUCAAGAUGCCUAUUCUGUCACUCUGUAUGCAGCUAAUGCCGAAUGCAUCAACAACAGUUUUAUGGAGAAGGCGGGCCUCAUUCCACACUCUAGGCCUGAUUUAAAUGUGCAGAGCAGAUCCAUUAACUCAACCAUUCUCACUCCAACUGGACAUGAGAACAAACUCAAUGGAAAUGUUGAUGAGCUACCAGAAGAAACCAAAAACCAAGUAAUCAAAGGCAGCACAGAUGAUGCGUCAACUUCUGCCACCAAUGAUAUUCAUAUCAAAGAAAGCUCUAAAUAUCAAAACCACAAUGGACAUAUUUCAACAGGUUUCCCCUCUGAAGAGCACAUUGCUUGUGGUGACGAUGUGUUCACUGUCGGAAGUACAGUCAAUGUAAAAGUAUCUUGCAUUGAUGGUCGGCACAAGUUUUGGUGUCAAACAACAGAAAACAGCGACUCCCUUCAAUGCCUCAUGAAAGACAUCCAAAAUCACUACGAAUCUGCCCACCCUCGGCCACUCACCGAGACCAUCUGUGUCGCCCGUCAUCCGGACAAUAACAUGUGGUACAGAGCGAAGAUCAUUGCAAAUCACCAUUCCCCAACUGUAGAUGUAAGAUUUAUAGACUAUGGUCAAACUCAGAAGGUUCCCCUGCAAGAUGUGCAACCUAUUGAUCCAAUGUUCUUACAGCUGAAAGCACAGGCUUUCCAGUGUUGCUUAUUCAAUCAAAAGAGUCUUACUGAUGUCACUUUGCAAAACGCUACUUUAGUAGAGUUCCAGAAGUGUGUAGAUUUACGUACUUCAUCCAACAUUGAAGUGAAAUGUGUUGUAAAAGCUGUGACAUCUGAUGAUGAAGGCCUUCUCCUUAACAUGGUGGAUAUUGAAACAGCAUGUGAUAGCGCAUCCAAGCUUCUGGCUCAUAGAUGUGCGCAGUCUGAUGUAUACAAUUACUCCACACACAACAUUGAGGUGGGUGCUAAAGAAAAGGUGUGGGUAACCUCUUCAGAGAGCGUCAAUCUCUUCUACUGUCAGCUGUUCAGGAAUUCUCAUUGGUUUGACAAAGUGAUGGAAAAUGUUGCACAACUACUUGACCAGCCACAGUGCUCAGAUCAGCCUCUUGGACUAAACAGCAUUUGCCUUGCGAAGUACUCUGAUGAUCAGUGGUACAGAGGUCAAGUAGUAGAGAUGUCCCCAAAACUUAAAGUGCACUUUGUGGACUAUGGGAAUACCCUUGCAGUAAAUGAAACAGAUAUUCGUCCCUGUCCCACGGAGGCGAGUAUGACCAGGUCUAUUCCUGUGCAGGCAGUUCCACUUGGACUGUUUGACGUCCCUGCAGAAAUACCACCAGAAGUCAACCGGUGGUUCGCAGAUCAUGCUGUAGGCCAUAAUUUCACCAUUUCUGUGGUGGCACAAGAGGAAAGAGGGAAGUUCAUUGUUGAACUGUUUGAUGGAUCCCUGAAUGUAAACGAGAAAGCCAGAGAGAGGAUGGCAAAAAUGAAAGAACAGUUGACUGACCAGCAGCUUUCCAACAGUUCAAAACUGACUACUGCACCAAAUGUACCACAAGAGCUCAUGGAAGCAUCAGAAUUAACAAAGACAACACAACAAGACAGAGUCCGCAGCAUGUUCGCCAGAGAUGAUCUACAGAUGGGUUCAAAAUCAACACCUGAUACCUUGACGCCAAAGAGUUUUGAUGAAGGAAAUAAUCCAGCUUUGGAUGCGAUUAUUGAAUACAGAGAAAAUGUGGCAGAAACCUCUGUACAAAGUUUCCACAGUGACUCAGAAGUGGCUCGAGUACUCAAGGAGGAAGUGUAUGUUUCCUGCAUUGUUGGACCAAAUUACUUCUGGUGUCAAUACAGCAACACUGAAAACCUAAACACAGUGUCAAAGCUUGCUCAGGAAGCAGGACAAGCACAACAGGAUAGGUUUUUCCUCGAGAGUCUGGAGCCUGGCAGUCCAUGCCUUGCUUUGUUCUCUAGCGACAACCAGUGGUACAGGGCUCAAGUAAUUCGAAAAGCUGGCAACACCUUCCAUAUUGUGUUUGUUGACUAUGGAAAUGAGUCUGAAGUUGACAUUGAAAAUGUAAAACCACUGCCUCAGAGCCUGCUGGACAUUGCUCCUCAGGCUUUUAUGUGCCGUCUGAAGGAGUUCAAUGAGUCUAAGGGCUCCUGGAAUGAUGAAGUUUAUGAUGACUUCUAUAAUCUUGUGAUUGAUAAACCACUCAAAGUGACCAUCUUUAACAUGGAAAACCAUUCAGAGAUUGCAGUUCCACAGUAUGCAGUGGAAAUUGAAUGUGAUAAAGUGGUCAUCAAUAGAUUAAUGCAGAAAUACUGGAGACCAUUUUCUACAGAACAGUCCAAGAAUGAGACACCUCUAAAAAAAACCCAAGAUACUGAAACUGGAGGCAAUGCAACUCACUUUCAUAUUUCCAAAGAGAAUGCAAGUACUUGCAAGUACAAAAAGCCAUUUUUUUCCAAAAAUAAGGCAGAGCUGGUACAUGCCUCUUCUAUUGUGGAACCAUAUUUCUUCUGGUGUCAGUACACCAACACUGAGGAUCUCUGCAAAGUGAUUCAGCUUGCUCAGGAAGCAGGACAGUCGGAUCAGGACAUCACAUUCGCUGAGACUCUUGGUCCUGGCAGUCCAUGCCUCGCUCUGUUCUCCAGUGACAACCAAUGGUACAGGGCUCAAGUAAUUCGCAGAGUUAAUGAUGCAUUCUGUGUUUUGUUUGUUGACUAUGGAAACGAGUCUGAAGUUGACAUCAAGGAUGUCCGAUCACUGCCUCAGACUCUGCUGGAGAUCACCCCUCAGGCCUUUUUGUGCCGUUUGGAUGGAUUUGAUGAGUCAAAGGGUUCCUGGGAUGACAAAGCGUCUGAUGGCUUCUACAAUCUUCUGGUUGAUAAACCACUCAAAUUGACAGUGUUCAGCAUGGAAGACCAUCCAGAGAUUAAAGUUUCACAGUUUUCUGUGGAAAUUGACUACGAAGGAGUGGUUGUGAAUAUAGCAAUGGAGACGUAUUGGAAACCACUUAUUGAAGAAUGUCUUAUGAUGGAGAAUCCUCAGAGUCCCAGAGGGAAUGUGAGUACUUGCAUGUACAAAGAGCCAAGUAUUUCCAAAAGUAAGACAGAGAUGGUGUAUGCUUCUUGUAUUGCGGAACCGCAUUUCUUCUGGUGUCAGUACAUCAACACUGAGGAUCUCUGCAAAGUGAUUCAGCUUGCUCAGGAAGCAGGACAGUCGGAUCAGGACAUGACAUUCACAGAGACUCUUGGUCCUGGCAGUCCAUGCCUCGCUCUGUUCUCCAGUGACAACCAGUGGCACAGAGCCCGAGUAAUGCGGAAGACUGACAAUACACUGCAUGUUCUGUUUGUUGACUAUGGAAAUGAGUCUGAAGUUGACAUCAAGGAUGUGCGAUCACUGCCUCAGACUCUGCUGGAGAUCGCUCCUCAGGCUUUUUUGUGCCGUUUGAAUGGAUUUGACGAGUCCAAGGGUUCCUGGCAGGACGAAGUUUAUGAUGACUUCUAUAAUCUUCUGAUUGAUAAACAACUUAAAGUGACGGUGUUUUGUGCAAAAGACCAUUCAGAAAUUGCUGUUCCUCAUUAUGCAGUUGAAAUGGAAUGUGAAGGAGCAGCUGUGAAUACACUCAUGGAGAAAUACUGGAAAGGAGAAGGCUCGGAUGAUGCUUUGGUAGAAAAUUUGGAAGCAGUGAGCCAGGAUGAAACCAGGACUGUAGACGAGAAUGUUGAGGUUUAAAGUCAUCCAGUUUCUGUCAAAUCUAAGCUCUGGGUCCAGAUUAAUGCCUGUGGUGGGGAAACCUUGUAAUUGAUGAAUUGUGACUUUUGUGACCUGAAAAUGUUUGUCUUGUUAGAAAUUUUACUAAAUAAAUGAGUUAACCUUUACUUGUAAUUAACUGCUGCCAAUAAACAUCAUACUUACACGGA